AGUUUGAAGGCUAACGAGAGGAGCAAGCUGUGUGGAAUAGCCCACGUCUGCAACAGGCGGCGAUCUUCAGAGGGAGAGAGGGAGGCUUUCAGACUGGAAUCCCAGGAAAGCACAAAGUAGAAGAAAAUGUAAUUGUUGGAUGGAUAGCAGACUGUACUGUUCUAAAAACGCUGAAUGUUUUUAACAUUUAUUUUUGACUAACUAGGUUAACACUUUUAAAACACACAAAGAUUGUGCUGCACCUUCUGUUUGAGUUGUGUUUUAGAUUGAGGUUGGAGACUUCCAGGACCAGUUGUGCUGUACUUGAUAUAAACCCAAGCCUGUGGCCGCGCAAGUUGUGCAAUUGCUCCUCAUUAUGGCAAAGUGGUUCAAGGAUUUCCAGCUGAGCUUGAAGACCCGACCAAAGCCAGAGGGCAUGGGUGCAACCCGGACUAGAAUGGAUGGUGACGGAACAAACAGGAACCGGCGCGCCACUCAAGGUGAGGUGAACCCUCGGGGAACUGGAAGAGAGGUAAAAGGAGCUGUAGAGAGAGGGCACAAUGAGUCAGAGUCGGGAAAACUCGGAAAAGCACCAAAUGCCGGGAUACAGGGAAAAUCCGGGGGGACUCAAGGAAAGACAGGCAGUAGCACUCUGAUACGAGGGAAAACCGAGACAAAAAAAAAUUUAACUCAAGGGAAAAAUCAUACAGGAUUGAUAAAAAAUGGAUUGACAAUCAAGAAGGAUACCGGUAAACUGUCCAAAGGAUCUGAGGAAAUUGGAAAUAGUAUCCCUGGAAAAAACAGCAAAAGUUCCAAUGUGGAUCCUGGGAAUGGUGAAGAAAUUGGAAAAACAGUCAAAACUCCAUCAUUGAAACGGGGACAAAAUUCCAGUAAGUCAGGACAAAGUUUUUCCGGGAAACUUGGCUUGAAUCCAGGGAAAAUUACAGGGAAGAAUCCAGUCAAAACUGAAUUGAAACCCGAACUGAAAGCUGGGAAAACUGAUUCAAAAACUGAGAAAGUAGACUCAAAAGCGGUGAAAACUGAUGUAAAAAGUGGAAAAACAGAUAUGAAAACCAGGAAGGCAGAUUUGAAAAGUGCAAAGCCUGAAGCAAAAUCCGGGAAAACGGCUGAUUUGAAAACCAAGAAACCUGACUCAAAGGCUAACAGAACACCCAGUCAAAAUCCUGGAAAAACUGGAUUGAAUCUUGGAAAAAUAACUGGGACAAACACAGGGAAAAAUGGAUUGAAAUCUGGGAAAGCAGGACAAAGUCCAGGGAAGACUGGAUUGAACCUGGGGAAACUAACUGGGCAAAAUUCUGGAAAAGCAGGAUUAAACCCUGGAAAACUGUCAGGACCCAGUUACAUUUUGCCUAAACACAGAUUGAUCAAAGUGGAAAAUCAAGAGAAAAAUGGAAAAAAUCUGAUGAAUAGGAUUCAGAAUACAGUGGAGGAUGAAGAAAAUGGAAAAGCCAAACAAGACACGGUAAUCAUUGUGGAGGAUUAUGCAGAUCCCUAUGAUGCCAAGAAACGAGAGAAAGGACAGAAUGAUACAGAACGGGUGGGGGAGAAUGAUGGCUACAUGGAACCAUACGAUGCACAGCAGAUGAUCACAGAAAUUCGAAGACGAGGAUCGAAAGACCCACUUGUGAAGCAGUCCCUGUUGUAUGACAGUCCCUAUGAACCAACAGAAAUGGGGACAAAGCAGGAGACUGUUGGGAACUCUGCCCUCGAGAGGACAGGAAACCAGAGGCCAGUCGACAGCUGCCUGCCAGAGAAUGAUGAACGCCCCGCAGCAGAGUAUGAGCAGCCCUGGGAGUGGAAGACAGAACAGAUUGUAAAAGCACUUGCAGUCCAGUUUGAUUCUGCAGAGAUAUCAUCUCCACCCAAAGAGGAAAAGGUCAAACACCACCAUAGGCAACCAAGCUGGACUCAGAAGGUCCUGAGGCAACAGAGUCCAGAGAGCAGCGAAAUGGGAGAGAAGGUGGACCCUAGCAUGCCCUUAGAAAAACAAGUCUGGUAUCAUGGCUCCAUCACCCGGAUGGAAGCAGAGUCUCGUCUCCAGGCCUGCAAGGAGGCCAGUUACCUGGUACGAAACAGCGAGACAGGAAACAGCAAAUAUUCUCUUGCCUUAAAAACCAGCCAAGGAUGUGUUCACAUCAUUCUGGCCCAGACCAAAGACAAUAAGUAUACACUGAAUCAGAACAGCGCACUCUUUGACAGUAUUCCAGAGGUGGUGCAUUAUUAUUGCAAUGAAAAGCUUCCAUUCAAGGAUGCAGAACACAUGACUCUCCUUUACCCUGUGCACAAUAAACAGCAAUAAUUUGUGCAACUGCCGAUCUGUUCAACCAGUUGAAAAGACAACAGCUUAUGUGGCCUCCCAAUCAACACCGAAACAAGGAGGAUAGAGAUAUAAAGAAAGAUUUGGGAGGGUGGGUUGAAGCCAGAUAUUGCACAAAGCACUUGUCAUAGCAUAAAAGAUAUCUUCCGAACCAACCUACAGGUACGAAAAGAGACAGCGUAGCCACAAGUUGCACACUGUAUCUGGGCCUCCAAACCAGCAGAGGGAGGGAUCUGAUCUUCUGAUAAAAUAGUGGAAGAAGAAAUAAUAAAAUCACAAAAUAUCUGUAACCUAGAGAGAACCAGUGCAGAUGUACUGGGACAAAGAUGUUUGAAUCAAAUUAGAAAUGAGGUGGGGGCUCGGUUGCUACGUACUCACAGUUCAUUCCUUGGACCUGGUUUCAAAUUUGGCUCAGAAUGCUGGGACAAAACUGUCAUUGUGCUGAUUGAAUGUGAAAUGUGUCGACUGUACCUUUGACCUAAGUGCUUGGUUCUCGCUAAAUUUAGACAAGACGCUGAAGUGGAAAAUGGAAAAAAGGUGCACUGAUGCAAAAUACAAAUUGUAUUUUGACAAUGGGUGCAGACGCAUUGUUUGAAGUGAGUGAAGAGAUCGGAACAUUUACUGUGUUGGCAUGGGAUUGUUUGAUGGAGACAGUGUAGAGGGUUCUUAGUCUAUAUCAAAUAUUGCUGCACCUGUCCUGGAAUGUUUAAUGUGGACAAUGUAUAGAGAGUUUUUUUUCUGUACCUAACACUGUGCAGUACCUAUCCUGAGAGUGUUUUAUGGGGACAGUGUAGUGGGCGUUUUACUCUGUAUCUAACCCUCUGCUGUCCCUGUCCAGGGAGUGUUUGACGGGAAAAAUGUAGAAGCAGCUUUACUCUGUAUCCACCCCGUGUUAUAUCUAUUUUGGCAGUGUUUGAUGGGGACAGUGUAGUGGGAGUGUUACUCAGUACCUAACCCUGAGCGGCUCUUGCUCUAGGCGUGUUUGGUGG